GGUGUGAGAACAUCCCAAUACUCCGUCGAUGCCCUGAUGAAACGACUUGUGGGCAAACCAGCAAGUGUUAUCAACUGGAGUGUGCUAAUCGAAAAGACAGCGGCCGAGGCGGAUGGCGAGGAGUCCCAGCGGACCUAUAUUGGCAAGAUUAAACCCCCCUUCAGUCGUGGAGGAAAGCGGUUCUGGAGGAUCGCGUACGAGGAUAAAGAUGAGGUGACUGUCCUGGAAGUUGAAGCUCUUGCCAUAACGAUCAAUUUCUCUUUCCAAAUGGGGCACAACAUUGUUCCCAAC